UAAAUUAAUUUAAGUCCACAGGGAAAACAACAAUUGGCCAAUGCAAACAAACUCAAGCGAACCGAAAUUAAACGAGCGCGAAAUUGAACGCGCUAGAAAUUAAAAAUUGGCGUCUUAAUUUCCAAUAACAAGAACCCAUAAAAACUCAAAAUCAAAACUGAGGGUAUAAACUGCUGUAAAAAUGAACCAUCACUACAAUUCUCCAAAGAUGGUUAAGCUAGUUGGUUAUUCAGUUCUGGUCGCGCUCUUCCUGCAGCUGUCGCAUUCAACGCCCGUACAACCGGUGGUGAGGUACCAUGGACCGGAGCAAAUUCACAUCUCAUAUACAGGAAACCUGUCCUCGAUGUUUGUGACGUGGACUACAGUAGUGUUCUUCGGAGAAGGGUCAGUGACAUUUAAGCUCUCGUCUUCUGAUUGGAUGACAGCCAAUGCCACUGUGACCACAGUGGAUCACUACGACAGUGACAACAGUGACCUGCACAGGACCAGCUAUGUGUUCAGGGCCACUAUGGAGCCACUCAAACCAGACACUGUCUAUGAGUACUACGUGUCAAACGGAAUCCUGAAUAGUGGGAAAUUCAGCUUCCGAACUUUUCCUCCCAAUGAAAACUACAAGCCCAAAAUUGCAGUGUUCGGAGACUUGGGUCUCAAAAACCACGUCGCACUCGACAAACUGGAACAAGAAGGGCAAAAACGAAAAUAUGACGUCAUUUGGCACAUUGGCGACUUCGCGUACGACUUACACGAACUGAUGGGGGCACGUGGAGACGCCUUCAUGAACUUAAUUCAACCAAUUGCAGCUCGAUAUGCGUACAGUGUGAUUCCAGGAAACCAUGAGACGAAAAACAACUUUUCCGAGUACAGAAAUCGAUUCACUUCGCCGCCUCCGAACGUGUUUUUCCACAGUUAUAACAUUGGUCCGAUUCAUUUGGUGAUGUUUAAUACUGAGUUUUACUACAAUAGUCAAUUCGGCACGGCUCAAAUUCAGACGCAGUACAACUGGCUUGUUGAAGAUCUCAAAACUGCCAAUCUACAAGCUAAUAGAGAGAAUCAACCCUGGAUAAUAGCAGUGGGACACCGUCCCAUGUAUUGCAGCAGUCAACACUACGGAGACUGCAGACCCGACAACCUCAUCAGAACUGGGUACCAAAAUAAGUACUACAACCUAGAGAAUCUUUUCUUCCAACAGGGAGUCGACUUGCAAAUUUACGGUCACAUGCACAACUAUGAACGAAUGUACCCCAUUUAUAAUUUCACAUUCGAGAAGGUCCCAGAUCCCAGUUUGUAUGAUGAUCCGAAGUACCCGGUUCAUUUCGUGUCGGGGUCGGCAGGGAACCGAGAGAUUCAUCCUGGGUUCUGGUAUCCGGAACCCAGAUGGUCGUUCUUCAGGAGCAACGACUACGGUUUUGCGUAUAUCGAAGUGGUUGGACGGCUAGAACUCAAAAUAUCCCAGUAUUCAGUACCAAAGGCGAGGAAUAUUGAUGAAUUCACAAUUAAGAAGUCGGGAUCUUACCCAAAAUUUAUUGAACAAGAAAUAAUACAGAAUAUGUGAAGGUCAUCAUCAUGAAACACGUCACUACUAUUUUUUCUGAAUUCCUCAUAGAUGAAUUAAAUAUUA